UAGUAGUUCAUUGUCAUGCGGUUGUACGGUAUUCUAUUGCGUUUUCUGUGUAAUAUGUAAGUGAUUUGAUGGUGGAGACAGGAAAUCACGGAAAGACGCAUAUUGAGUGUGUGAGCUUGUGUUUCCGCAUAGCGAGCAGGAGGUGACUAGUGCUUAGACAAACAUAUUAGUGCACAUUACGUACGUGUUCUGUUCGGCAAUUAUGAAAAAUACCAGAUCGACGUGUGGUGGAUUAGGAGAGCACUCAUGGACUCCAAGGGAACUAGUUGGCUGAAAAAAGGGAAGAAUGAAGUAUAUGCUGAACCAGGCUCCUUGGUUCAGUUACGCACAUCCACCAUGAAAGUAAAAGAAGAAUUGGAUGAGCAAGUGAACCAACAGUUUCUUCAAGAUCCACCAAGGAUUGUAAUGCCUAGUCUUCGUAUAAAGCAAGACCUAGAACUGAAACGGGAUUUAGAUGGCAUUGAGCAUGAUGCGACCGACAUUGAACUGAGGAUGACAGUAUUUCCAAAAUGCAGUGCAACUGUGGCUGUGAUCUGCUAUGUGCUGCAGACAAAUAAGAAUUGAAUAUGGGAGUACACAGUAAGUGGACCAAACAUUGAAUGUAAGAUUACAGUUAUUGGAAGAACUGUCAUCAUCUGUUGGAGAUUACACAAGAUUUGG